AUGGAUAAAUUGUAUAGUUUUAAAGCCAAGUCAUAAGUUGGUCACAUUAAAUCAGUUAUAAAUUAAGAAUAGAAACUAUAAUUUUAUAGUGAAGAAGAAGGGGAUAGUACUAACUCUUAAGACAAUACUCCUAAAACAAAUGUAAAAAACAAAGUGAAAUCUCCAAUUUAAUAAAAUGGUUAUUAAACAGAUGAUUCAGAAUCUGGAACCCCAAAAAAUUAAAAACCAAGAUGUAAACAACCAUAAGGUUCCUUAUUUAUUUUUAAUUAGCAGCUAAAAUGUCAAGAUUUAGUAAUUUAGUCAAUACUAAGAAGAUUGAUGGGGAUGUUGAAAUAGAACCAGAUUUUAGUGAUAAUGAAAAAAAAUAAUAAUAACCUGUAUAAUUAUAGUAGCAAGAAGGAAAUUAUAAUAUAGAAGAAUAAGCUUAAAGAAUAUAAUAAAAACAAAAUCAACAACCACAAAAUCCAAAGCUAAAUAAAACAAAGUAUUAGAUUAAGAAUAAUUUAGAUAAGCAGUUUCAAUGUAAAAUUUAAUUGCUAAUUCGGAUAAUGAAUAGAGUAAGAAAAAUUAAUAAAGUAAUGGAAAAGAUAAAUUAAGUAAUCAUCCUUUCAGACAUUUAAUAUUUGGUCCAAAUAUAAGUGAAUAAACUUUUAAAAAGCAUCUAAUACUUACAUAACGAGGUUUAAUUUAUGCUAGAAAGUGUUUGAAAGGUCCUUCUGAUAAAUUUAUACAAUCAAAAAAAGUUUAACUUUCUGAAGCUUAUCCAAAGAAAGAUCGAGCUCUAAUAUUAGAUUUAGAUGAAACUUUAAUACAUUCAUGCACACAAAGAGAAAAUCCUUAAGUUUAUGUGACUGCUGUUGGAGAUUUCGGAGAAGAAGCUAAAGUAAAAUCAAUUUAUAUUUUAGAUUGGGAUUAAUAUUCGACCUUAUACAUCUCUAUUUCUUUAAUAAUUAUCUCAAUAUUACACAAUUUAUAUAUAUACUGCUUCAUCUUAAGCAUAUGCUUAAGCAAUAAUUAAUUAUUUAGAUCCUACUAAGUAGUAUAUAUCUGGAAUUAUGACAAGAAAUAACUGUAUGGAAACUAAAAAUGGUUUCUUUAUAAAAGAUUUAAGAUUAAUUAGCAAUAAAGAAUUAAAAGACAUGCUCAUAGUAGAUAAUUUAGCUCAUUCUUUUGGAUUCUAAAUUGAAAAUGGAAUUCCAAUUCUUGAAUGGCAUAAUGAUUAAAAUGAUUAAGAAUUAAAAUAUUUAAUCGAAUACUUAAUAGAAGCAAUUCAUUUUACAGACCUUAGAGAAUAUAAUACAAAAAAACUAAGACUUGAUGAUUUGAUAGAAUUUCAUAUUGAAGAAUGA